CCUUCGCGGACCGCACCUAGUUCUGAUAGUAGUCCCACAAAUUACGUUAAUUUGCCCCGAAAAACUCACCCCAAAAUCGUUUGAAAGUAGUUCAUUCUAUGGUGGGUACGUGCUAUGAACAAUCGUGAGUAGUUGCGUUUCGAAAAGUGUCUUUUUGGCAUCCGAAAUCAUCGUCAAAGUUCAGUGCUGUUCGCAGAUUCAAAUCUCUUGACGCGUAAAGCUUUUCUUCGACUUACUUCGACCGUGCUUUUGCUGUUCUUCCCAAGUGUCUGUGGCUACCUUCUUAAGGUAUUGAGGUGCUUUUAUCCACUGCAUAAAAUAAGCAGCAGUUGGAAUGUUGUGUUGAUUAUGAAACCUCACCGUUUCUUUUUCGUCUGAGCUGUAGUGUAUGUAUAGUGCCUCACAUGGAUGGGAAAUUUCUGAGUGCGUACUGACGAAGGGCUUGAUGGGAACCGCUGCUGCAAUAAUUGCGUUGCAGCUAAGAAACAAACAAACAUUGUCUUCCUAGGAAAAGUGGUUUUAUCAGUAGGCCACGAUAAAGGCACCGAAUGUGUGAGUAAGUGGAAAAGUGAAAAUUGUUUACAUUAAGCUUGGCUGAGAGGUUCUGUCGUUUGUCAUAUGUGAAUCAUAAACCACCACCGCCUGUUCCCUUCGGUUGGCUGCAACGUGUUCGGUUAAUUGCAUUGGGAAACACAUCGACAGGGUGUGGAUCCGACGCUGCUAUGCUGCUACUGAAAUAAGAAUCGAAAGCUGACUCAGUACGCGGUGGUACCCAGCGAAUGUCCCAGUCUAGAGUGAUACGCGAUAAUGAAACGACGUUCCACUAUAGAGUAGUAACGAAAAAGUGCUUUUGUUGCAAUAAUUGAAAUGAGUUAAUAUUGGUCGACAAACUAGUGCCCGAAAGAAAGUCAAACGAAGAAAAUGAAUCGAAAAUUCGUCGAAAGUGAUAUAAAUUUCAAUUCGAAACGACCGAUCGCGACCGGCUGCACGGGAAUGCUGUCUCCUAAGCGACUCUGUUGGAAGAACCGAUGGAAGAUUGCCAGCCUGCUGGCGGUAGUUUUAGUGUUAAGUAGUGUGACGAUUUGUCAGUGUCAAGAAUUCGGUGAAAGUAGUCUCGAUCAUCCGGAUCGUGACUUUGAGCAAAUUUCAGUGUUGAGUAAGGAAAUUAUAACCAACCACAUACCGAGCAGCGAGAGUGGGGGUGACGAAGAUGAGUCACGAAAUCAGUUCGAAAAAGUGCCCGUUGCGGAAGAAGGUGUUCUCCACUUCACUGAAAUCGCGGGGGAUGUGGUGCUUGGUGAAAAAGUACUACGGGCGGCUGAGAGUCCGUAUUCGCUGAGGACCGAUUUGGAGGUCGAGCGGCGGGCGAGACUGAUCAUCGAACCGGGUGUCACGAUACACUUCGCACCCAUGGUUGGAAUUACCGUGCGAGGUUCGCUGGUAGCGUUGGGCACAUCGGAAAACAAAAUCGUCUUCACCUCGCUGCCGAACUCAGGCUACAAAGACAUCGCAUCCGAUCCCACAGAGGUCGGAGCACGGCUGGUCGAUGGACCUAGCCCAUUGGCUGGACGGUUGCAACUUUUAAACAAGGGUAAAUGGCGCUCUGUUUGCACGAAUUCGAAAAAUUGGACAAUCGCCGACUACGAAACCACGUGCCGCCAGAUGGGUUACAAGGGUGGGCGUUUCUGGAACUGGAUGGAUCGAAUACAAAACUAUGAGCCACGUUUGCUGCUCGAGGAUCCCAAAUGCAUCGGUACCGAGACUGGCCUGCGAGGUUGUGCUUGGGACACGAAACAGAUCGGUUCGGGGGUGUGUGAUUACCACAGCGAUAUUGGUGUUCAGUGUUUACCCUUGUUCGAUCAAGUGACACCGCAUUGGCGAGGUAUUCGGUUCGAGAACGCCGAAAGCAAGGAAACGCUGGCUCAUAACCACAUACUGUAUGAUUUCAUAUCGUUGUCGGAGUUGAGGAAUGUUGAGAUUAUCCGAGCUGGGACGGGUAGAGGUGGAAGUGCCGAAGCGGCUAUUGCGGUAAUUGGAAUUCCACCGAUUUUGGAUCAUGUGACGAUCGAUCAUUCAUCGUUCACCGGCAUCAACGUUACCAAACAUGAUGCUGCAUUUAGUUUUAAAGAUGUUACUGUGCGCAGAAGUAGAGGUUUCGGUAUAUUCGUAAACUCCAGCUACGGUGCCACUCUGCUAGAUGGGAUAACUGUGAGUGAAAAUGGUGCUGAUGGCAUUCGUUAUGUUGGUCACGAUUUGCGAGCGAGCGAACGAACCGAUCGAAGCAAAGUGUUUGAUUUUUGCACGCUAACCACUACAGCUUGGCAGAUAUAUCCGCUACAGCUGUCAUUUGAACAGUCACAGUUUGCUCUGUCUCAAAAACAGUGUGCUCAAUCACUCACCACCGGAUACGGUUACGUGCUGACGCUACAUUUUGUCUUUUUCGAAAUGGCUCGAAAUGAAAGCGCUGUGAUUCAGAUUUACGACGGUAUGUCGGAGAACGAUCGUUUGCUAGCAUCGUGGAACAUCCGAAACUCAACUAGACCACAAAGUGUCACCAGUACCAGGGAGAAAAUGUUCAUAAAAUUCCGAGCGGAUGCCAGAAGUCAGGUUCUGGCUCAUUUUCGAGUGACGGCCGGUGUCACGAAAGCGUACGACCUCAACGUAACACAAUCCACGAUCGUCGACAACGGAGGUCGCGGCAUUGCCAUCGAUAACCUGCGAUCGAAGGUUCAUGUUCACGCUUCAACGAUCUCAAACAAUAAGCACGCGGCAGGUUUGCAUGUCACCAGUGGAGCGGGAGAUGUGAAUGUAACUGAUUCGAAGAUCAGUUUCAAUGUUGGCGACGGAAUCAACAUAACGUACUACGGCGGGAGUCGCAACAUUUCGCGAAGCUCGUUGAGUUCCAAUAAGGGUUACGGGUUUGCGGUUUGGUUGAAUCAAACAACAAAAGAUCGUCAGGAGUUUUUGGAAUUUAAUCAAACUACAACAAUCGAAUACUCAAAUGUAGUGAAAAAUUUGGAAAUUUCUAUUUUACACGGCAACUACUGCGGAGAUUCGUGGGUGAACAUUACCGGGAAUUGGUUCAACGAUAGUACGAACAAUGCCAUCGAUAUUCAGUCCUGCUGGUUUGACACGAUAGAGAAUAGAAGACUGAGACUGCAGAUAGGACACAAUACUUUCGAGCAUUCGAACAAAAUUGGAAUCGUGAUUAGUCCUAUUCUAAAUUUAGAAGGAAAGAUCGAGUACAAUCAUUUCCUGAAAGGGAAAUAUGGAGCAUUGCUGACCAGAAACAAACCCUGGGAGGAGUUCCGGCACCUUCCAGUGCGACUGAUAGUUCAGCAUAAUCAUUUCAUGUACAACAAAGGCAUCUAUGUGGUCUCGCUAGGAUUAUCGCCAAACACAGAUAACAAGACGCAAUGGUUGCUAUUUACCAGAAACUUUGUCAAAAGUAAUAGAAUAAAAGAAACCUUUGGCCCUCUGGAGGAUGAAGGGGAAGGAUUAGGUGGUGAAGGUCGGUUAAAUCCAAGAUCUCGCGUCGCAGCUCCCGUAGUUAUCUCGUCCAAUAACGUCGACGUGUUCCGUAACAUAAUAUCCAAUUACGAGUCCAAGUACGAGGUUGGUUCGCAGCUGUCGGAUCAGAGCAAAGCCUUAAACGUCACAUAUAAUUGGUUGGGAUAUCAGGAAGAGGAGAGGAUCUACGAAAGACUGUUUCAUCGAAAGGACCGCUUUGAUCUCGCGAAAAUAGAAUAUUUUCCAUACCUGUUACAUCACUCAAAUCCUGGGACUCAGACCAUCGCACAGUAUGCCAAGUUUGUGCCUUUCUUCUACAAGGAGGGAAGCGAUCGUAUUGGUGGAGAAGUCGAUGGACAGGAAAUUUUACCAGCCGGAAGUUAUACAGUGGACAGGGAUAUCAACGUGCGCCCCGGUGGAAAGUUGAUAAUCAAUUCCGGAGUCAUCUUGAACUUCGCAGCAAGUGUCGGAAUGAUGGUGACGGGAAAAUUGGAAGCUCGAGGUCGUAAGCCCGAUGAUAUUUUGUUUACCUUGAAGCGAGAAGCCGUUAUGACUGACAACGAUACUACCGAAGCGAUUAUCGUGGAUCCCGAUAUGGCAAUGGAUAUUGAAACGGAGCGUGUAGUGAAUCUUGAUCCGAUGGAACCUCAAACUCCGAAAGUUCCUGUAAGGUUGAUUGGAGGUGUCAGUGAUCACGAGGGUAGAUUGCAGAUCUACAUAGAAGGCCGCUGGGGAACGGUAUGCGACUAUGGAUGGACGAUAAUCAAUGCAGCCUUAGUUUGUCAUCAGCUUGGCCUUGCGCUGAAUCCCAUGGACUGGAGGUUGCAACGGUCUGAGGUUCCCGGUGCGGGUACCUCGGAAGAUGUACUGCUCUCGAAUAUUCGCUGCACGGAACACGAUAUUGACAUAACCGAGUGUCGGGCUGAACGUGCUUCUCAGGGUGAUUUUGAGAAUUCUUGCACUCACGAAAAUGACGUCGGAGUGCGGUGCUAUGAGGGAGCUUGGGCUGGACUACGAUUCGGAGUACUGGCUGAACGUGCUGAUCUCCAGUAUGUAACGAUCGAGAAAGCUGGACUGUUUGACUACAUGACUAAUACCUUUAAGCCGGCACUGCAAAUGGAUUUUGCUCGACACAAUCUUGAUAGUAUCCGAGUUGUUGAGAAUCUGCAGGAUGGCUUGGGAGUGAUCUAUUCAGAUCUUUACGCGGGUUCAUCAGUCAAUAACGUGAAGAACUCGGAAUUCGCUGGAAAUAGGGGCAACGGUAUCAGUAUAAAGCAACUUGGUUUGAAGGUCCACGGAAGUAUUAUAAAAGAUAAUCGAGGUUCCGGAAUAAAUCACGACUCCGUCAUUUCGGCCAUGGAACAACGGGAAAUCACGAGCUGGUUCAACAUGGUUCCAGAUUUCAAUGUUGAUGAUUCGGACUACAGACCAAUAAUGCUUCCAAGUGACUUGCAAAAUAUUGACAUUGACCAGUGGCAGAUAAAGCAUAUAAUCACUGUUCCCGUGAGUGGCGAUCCAGUGGAGAAACUAUUAACGAUCCGUUGUCAGCCUGGAUAUGUUAUCGGCAUCCAGCUUUUGAAUCCUAUCGAAAAUCGUUCAACGGAAAAUGUGUGGAUCUAUGACUCUCUGGCUGGUAGCACCAACUCCGAUAUAUGGCAGGUUAAACGUGAUGUUUCUGUUUUUCCACUCACCACCAGCAGUUAUGGGGCGAUCAUGCAUUACAAAAGUGGACACAACGCUCUGGGAGGUGCGGUUCUUGUGUUACGAUCCAUUCAGGCGCCAGUUCAGAAUAUUUACAAUCGUAUUGUUAGAGGACCAGUACCAACACUGCAAAUAACUUCGACCAAAAUUCAGCGAAAUUACCGCGGAAUCACCGGAACCUACUACAAUCGAUAUUUGGGGGAGAAAAGUGAACUCUACCUACGCAAAGCAAAUGAGUCGAUCAAGCUGGUGAACUGCGAAAUAAGUCACAAUCGAGAGGAAGCAUUUUUCGUGCAUUCGCCAUUCUGGGAUGUUCAUAAGAGUAACAUUUCCGAAAUCACGAUUCACCUCAACAACAGUAUGAUUCGUGAUAAUGGACGGGGUAUAAGACAGUUCUCGCGGGAUCUUCGAUCGUCGAAUAACUUGUUCCACUACGUGCUGCAGGAUACGACCGUUGAAAGUAACUCUUUCGGAGGUUUGGAGCUAAGUUUACCGUACGUUUGGCAGUACAACGAGAAUUUCACCCACUCCGUCUUUCUCGGAAACGACACGUGGGUGAGGAACAGGCGAUUCGGAAUAAUAAUAGACGGGCACUACGCAGCGGUUAACAUUUCCUCCAACAUCUUCAUGGAUAACGUGUGUGCUCACGGAUUGAUCGGUUUCAAGGGAAUGGAGAAAAAGCUUAGAAUUGACAAUAACAGAAUCGUUAAAAACUCUGGAAAAUAUUUGGUAGAGUUCAGAUCGGACAGUCAAAGUGAAAUACUGGGCGAGAUUCCAGCGAUCUUUGCUUUCAAUCAUAUUGAAGGCAACGAAAAGGUAGUGUCGACGCGAUCCGAAAUGAGAAACUUCAUCCGGGGAGAUCGUGGAAAUGCGAAGGAUCCAACUUGUGUAAUUGGCUUUGGAGGGGUUCAAAAGGUUCAAAUCUAUCGGAACGUAAUAAGUAACAACGAGCAAGAUUACGAUUUGAUCGCUGGUAUCAAGUCGGCUAGAUUGAACAGCUUUUUGGAUGUUCGCGAGAAUUGGUGGGGAUCGCAGGACGAGGAACUCAUUAAGGCAAGAAUAUUCGACUUUGAUGAUUGGAAUAACCACGCAGAGGCGCAGUAUCGUCCAUAUCUGAUCGAGGAUAGCAUAGAUGGAAGUGUUUCUGUGAUGAUUUCUAAAAAUAGAACAAUAGAUUUGGAUAACCUCGGAGGUAGAAUAACGGAAGAUAUUGCGAUAUACCGAAGGGAGCAACCGUAUGUGAUCAAGGCGGACAUCACGAUCAUGCCAGGUGUGACGAUGAAUAUUUAUCCUGGUGUGGUUAUGGAGUUUGCUCCCAAUGUUGGAAUUUUAACACUGGGUACAUUAAUUGCCCGAGGAACUCGUGAUGGAGAGAUCGUGUUGAAACCCAUCAAGAGUGCUUCCGAACAGAUCAACCGCGUGGAGAGAUCGCUGGAAAAUAUGGUCAACUAUGAUUCUAUCCGCCUCUGUACUAAUCGAAACUGUUCCGGAAGCGAACAGGAAAAUGAGAAAAUCCGAGAAGGCUUCUUGGAGUACUACAACCACACAACGCUGCAGUGGAUUCCCAUCUGUGAUCGUAGAUUUACGGAGCGUAAUGCACAGGUUGUUUGUCGAGAGCUAGGCUACGAUCCUCUCGAUGUGUUUAUUGGGCACGAUCGCAGAAUCGAAUUUCAUACGAAUUCGCUGACAAGGAUUUGGACCUGGGUUGAGCCGAUGGAGUGUCAUGGUGAUGAGCUGCGACUGGAGGAGUGCCCUGAGCGAUUGAAUGGACAAUUGUACGGAAGACGCCACGAGUGUCAGUGGUUUUCGGAUUUUGUUUUUAUUAGCUGUAAUGGAGAACCGGAGGAAAGAAACUAUUGGGGAGGUGUACGAUUUGCUAAUCCGGAUUUUGAGGCAAGCUUGUACGAAUACCGGAUUCAUGAUGCAACAACUCAUUCUACGACAAAACCAAUCGAAAGUGUUAUGGAAUUUGUUAGAAUAGAGCGAGCGGGAAUGUUGCAUGGGGAAAAAUCUCCGGCGGUGCAGACUAUUUCAAAAAAUCCCAGUGUAAGCUUUGUUACGAUCAGAAACAGUGCUCAUCAUGCUGUGAAUCUAGUGUCUCCGAGUGACGCUAUUCAUCUAAACUACUUGAAUAUUCACGGGGCCUUAGGUCAAGGAAUCAAUGCAAUUUCGUUGACCGGUGAAGGACGGGAAAGUGAUGAGUCCAGUUAUAACCCUCUGAAAGAUUUGGAUCUUCCAUAUAAUUUGUUCUCGAUGAUUGACAUCUGCGAUACCAACAAGGAAGUGAUUCUAGAGGAACGUGUUCUAGUGUACUACAAGUACGAUAACAACCCUGUGAACUGCGUAAAAAUAUUCAAGACAGCCUACCGUGCUAAACCACUUGGAUUCCGGUUACUGCAGUCUAACCUGUUCAACCACUCGAAAGAAUACGGUCGACGGGAUAUGAUUCAACUGCUGGAUGGUGACAUCUAUAAUAUCUCCGCAAGGGUGAUAGGAGUGGUCGACGCGGAUUCGGAAAAUCAUAAGAAAUUGUUCAGAACGGGUGAGCCAGCGUUGAGUGUCCGAUUGAUAGCGAGUGGGGCACCGGCUCGGCACGGAUUCAUCGCGGAAGUGGUCACGCUGCCAAUAUCGGCCAUUGGAUUCAAUCGUGACGCUCAGCAUAAUAUCUCCAACUCGGAAAUCCAGGAAUGUGUCGGGGGUGCUCUUCACUACGUGACCGUUGGUGAAGUGUCACCAACGUUGACAAUGGAACGUAAUCGAUUCAUUAGGAACUGUCGCCAGUUGUAUGGGAACUUCUCCUCCUGCGAGGCUACGAUUCGAGCUGACGUGCAGAAUAUGCAGACGUUAUAUUUCAGGAAUAAUCUCGUCCAAGAAAAUCAAGGCGGUCUCUCUAUACGAGCGGAUUCCCGAGGCUCGGCCACGUCACUUCGAGGAUGGAUUCAUAACAAUUUAUUUGUGAAGAAUCGAAACCGUCCGGCGUUGUACGUUGAGGGUCGUCAAUCGUCUCCGUAUCAGGAAGUUACCGUACACAAUAACUACAUAACUCAGAACGAAGCGGCCUUCCAGGAUGUAGUGGUACUUCGGCAGGUGGUGUCCAACUUUAGUUUCAACUAUGUGCACAGCAACAAAGGCGGCAGGAUUGUCCAGGUAUCCGGGUUCGACCGAGUACGGUUGCCGAUUUAUCAGACCACGUCACACAACGGUUUUUAUGAUAACGUUGCAACCGAUUGGAGUGGAAGAGCUACCAUUGUUGCUGGGACUGCUGGACAGCACUAUGUGGACAACAUAUUUAGGAAUCCUGAUAAUGACUAUGAAAUGAUCACUGUAAAUCGAUCAAUGUUUGAAUUCCAGUUCUGGAAUAGCACCCUGGACAUCUGGAAGACUAAAAUCGACGCCAAACAUAACUACUGGAGCUACAACGAAACCUUGGCCGUCGGUUCCCGCAUUCGAGAUCGCUUCGACGAUCCUAAACUGCUGGAGGUGCAGUACCUCCCGUUGCACAUGAACAAUCUUACCGUACUGGACGGCAAAUGUCCUCCUGGUUGGACUUUGCUAAUCGACACGUGCUACAUGUAUGUAGGUGCUCCGAUGAGCUUCCGCGAAGCUCGGGAAUUCUGCCGUUCGGACAACGCGUCACUGCCAUUUAUUCACGGUGAUCUGACUCCGCUGUGGUUUUUCCUCGAACAACAGUCCCGCUAUCUGCGCUCGGCGGAGAAGGUUUGGAUACAGGACCCCAACUACAUCGAUCGGUGCACAUCGUUCAUCUAUCGCAACGUAGAGAUUGAAGAGUGCCACGAACGGCACGCUUUCCUGUGCGAAAUCGAUCCGAAGGUUGAAAUUGAUCCACUCUUCUGGAAAGCGGAUGCCGUUGCAGUGGCAAUGCUGAGCGCGCUGAUAAUGGUUUUUGCUUUGCUACUGUGCAUCUGUUUCUGUUGGGUGUUCAAAUCACGCUAUCGGCAAACUCAGCGAUUGCAGCGACGGAACAGUAUUCGGCAGAGUAUGCGAAGCUUGAACAGCAUUGAUCCGCAGGGAUCGAUUCGUCGGCGAAAUUUUGUUGUAUCCCGAUCAACCGAUACGUUAAAAUCCGUCACCACUGGUACAACUGACUACAAGAAGAUGGCCUCGAAUGGUUCCAUCGAAUCGGUGGACAAGAGUGUAUUGAGCUCGGAAACCAACUACGACAUGUACGACAAGCAGAACCAGUCGUACAAUAACGAAUACGCGGACCAGUUGAAGAGUCAGCUGGGAUAUAGCGACGGAACGACCAAUGGUGGUCCGGAUUUCAUGCAGCACUCGAACAGUAACAGUCCAACCAGAACCAAGGUGUACGGUUUGCCGGACUACAGUUCGCAUGGUGGAAGCACUGCGUUUGAGUUGGCUUUUAGGAAUGAAGGUUUUCGGGAUACCUCGACCACGUACUCCGGUGUGACAAGGAAUAAUUCCAUCAGCACUGUGAUCAACGAAGAUACUCCGAUAAUUCAUCAUUCCGGUGAUAAUGAUGACACAGGUUCCGAUUUUUAUGGCAAUUCCAGUACACUGCCAAUGAGAGUGAGAGGAGAUAACCUAUCAUUUUUGAGCGAGUUAAAAAACCGCUUACCAGAAUAUGCACCACUACCACCGAGCAACGGUCACAGCAGUUUUCUUCCAGCUCCGUCGGAACCACCUGCUAAUACUGCAAAGAAUAGCGUAAACACACUGCCAUACGACCCAAAGAAUGAAGGUCGCACUUUCAACCCUCCACACGAAUAUCAACAGCCAACGAUUCAGGUGCGAAAGCCUAACGGGUUCCAGUUACCGCCUCCGGUCAGUAAUGAUGCUCGGGAUGUUCGAAGACCCGAGUCGUACAUGAAGGCGGUCAAAAAGUACGCCACCCCAGGAAGGGAACGAGAAUCCAUCAUUCCGCCACCGCGUGUUGACAGCAAUGGUACCCGACGGCCGAGGACUGUCUACGAAGCAUCCAGUGAACACCAACAGCGGCCACAACCACCACCCAUACCGACUUCACCACCAAGGGCGAACUAUGCCAGAUCCAGGUCGGAAGCGUUGUUGGAAACCAAUUUUGACGAAGCGCUGCCACCGAUGCCAACCAUGCUCAGCUCGGACAGCCGUAGCUAUUCCCAACCCCUCGAGACUGCUAUGUAAGGUGUAUGGCGCUGAAUCGAAGAGUUUAAUAUUUUUGUAAUGCCAGAAAUGCAAUUUUUACGAGAGUGGAACAGAUAUACAUAUACAGAACGAAAACCCUUUCUAGUAUUCACAGGUAGUACCAGAACUUGACGUCAUUUGCGAAUCAGAUUAGCUAUACAGUUGCGGGAGUAAGUUUAGAUCUGUUUAAAAGCGAUUUAAUCGGUAAUAUCGAUCGAAUUUAUGACUUGCAAACUUAUGUCAGUUCCAGUUGUUUGUUUUAUUAGGUGACACAAAUAACCAGAUCGAUAAUGAAGCUGUUCAAAACUAAGAUUAAAUAAACUAAAUCUCUUUCACGCAAAACAAAAAAAAAUGUUAUCGGAAACUUACGGCCACAACUGUGGAUGCAAGCUUACCAACUAUCGCAAAAGCACGUUCAGCGAAAGUCUACACAAAGAAGGAAAGCUUCGUAUGUUCAGACCCACAUCUAAAGCUAAAUACAUAGCAAUAUAUAUUUUAUAAGGCAGCUUAAAUUAGCAAUUGUAAGGUUUCGAGUGCUUUUGCUCAUUCGAAGGAAAUCCAAACAAACCGGGAAUCAAUCCGUACUUUGUGCAUUAUAGUCGAACUAGAGUGUCUUAUUAUAGCUUUUACGCUAUCGUACGCUGAUCUGUUCAAUGUGUAAAUAGGCUAGAUAGACAAUAUGAACAGCAGCAAAGAAGAAACUGCUCGUGAUAUGUAGUAGUAAUAAUGUAGAAUCAGAAUCAAGAUCGCUCGAUUUAUUUACAGUGAACAAAUCAUCACCAUUAUCGAUUUCAGUCAACAAUCAUAAUUGUAAAGCUCCGUUCAGUAUAUAGUUUACGGUUGUUAAACAGGUCAAUGGAAUUUUAAAACAACAAUCAGCUGGAGCCGUUCGAAACAAACACGCACGAUCGGUCUGGUCCACUCAAGGGAGCUAUCAAUCUGGGUAAAGAAACUGGUGCAAAUCAACAGGAAGGGCUGUGCUAAUUCAAUAGAAACAGGAUGGGAUGUUUGUUGUUUCAAUAAAAUUGAUAAAGAGCUAUUUUGAGAGAAUUGAGUGUGAACACAUAGCAGUUUGAUUUUCCCGUGACAUCUUUUCAUACUUCUUAUUCAUAAUCAUCAUCAUUACAAUUGGGACUAAAUCCCAGAUGUUGAACUUAAGUCAAGUGAAUUGAGAGAAGUAUUGUUUUUUUCGCCUGUGUACCGUCCAAUGAUUUGUGAAUUGAUUACGUAUUUUAUUUAUAGUAUUUCGAAUUGUACAAUUAAAUUAGAGAUCGUCAGCAUAAUGAUUAAUAAAAUAGAAUUGUUAUAAGGCUGUAUCGAAAUCGUAGAAACGAAGAAUGAACAAAAAAUAAAAAUCUUUUUGUUCAUGUUGAA